UGCCCCCGAACAAGGCAGUUCCGCCGUCAUUGAAAAUAAGAAUUUGUUUUUAACUGACUUGCCUGGUUAAAUAGUAAAGCGUAAAGUAAGAUUACAAACGACGUAAAUGGAAUAACAGCGACAUCAUGCGGUCAGUUGGGCUAAGUAUGAGAAAGCCUAACGUGAAGAUGAAGCCGGUGUUACAGUUUUACAUCUCGUGAACAAGAUUUAGUCACCACCUUUCCACCAGAAGAGAAGACAGCGCUGGCUAGCAUUUUCCAUUCGUUGAGCUGGCCGGGGAUGCUAACCGCAAUGUGUGUACAGUGAAUUUGAAUUAGCUUUUUUUUUUUUAAAGCAGUCAAUGGCCAUAAGCGUAGUUAUAGUAAAUAUUAGCCACAUCUACCGGGCUUUUGAGAGAAGAUCUCGUCAUGUUUAGUAGAGAUGCGGAGGUCUUGCGCGCGGGCUGCCAACAAAGUCCGUCUGAAAAAACGCUGCUGUUUCCCCAGCUCUCUCGUUUGACAUAGUCCGGGACCAAGCAGGACCAAGCAGGACCAGCAUCAGUCUUCUACUACUCAGUAGCCACAACUGCAGUGUGACCUUAGAUCUGGUAGCACAUGAAUUAAUUCAUCUUUAUUUAACCAGGUGAUGACAAAGCUGAAUCAUGCCGGGUAAAUUGAAAGCUAAGAUUGUGGCGGGGCGUCACUUACCAGUCAUGGACCGAGCCAGCGACCUCACUGAUGCCUUUGUAGAGGUCAAAUUUGGCAACACAACUUUCAAAACGGAUGUCUACCCCAAGUCCCUUAACCCACAGUGGAACUCAGAGUGGUUCAAAUUUGAGGUGGAUGAUGAGGAUUUGCAGGAUGAGCCGUUACAGAUCACAGUGUUGGACCAUGACACUUACAGUGCCAACGACGCAAUAGGGAAGGUCUACAUUGACAUCGACCCUCUGCUGUCCAGCGAGGCUGCUACCGUCAUCUCUGGAUGGUUUCCCAUCUACGACACUAUACACGGUAUCAGAGGGGAGAUUAAUGUUCUGGUAAAGGUGGACCUCUUCAACGACCUAAACCGCUUCAGACAGUCCUCCUGUGGUGUCAAGUUCUUCUGCACAACAUCCAUCCCGAGGUGUUACCGCGCGGCGCUGGUCCAUGGUUUUGUUGAGGAGCUGGUGGUGAACGAGGACCCGGAGUACCAGUGGAUUGACCGCAUCAGAACCCCCAGGGCUUCUAAUGAGGCCCGCCAGCGACUCAUCUCCCUCAUGUCUGGUGAGCUGCAGAGGAAGAUCGGUCUGAAGGUGUUGGAGAUGGGUGGUAAUGCGGUGGUGGGCUACCUGCAAUGCUUUGAUCUGGAGGGAGAGUCGGGUCUGGUGGUCCGAGCCAUCGGCACCGCCUGCACUCUGGACAAACUCAUCCCUGGGACUGCUUCCAACACCAUCACACACACCAACACACACCCCAACACCGCCCCGGCAUCCAAUGCCUGCAACUCCCCCUCUAAGGAAAUCAAAGAGCCCGUGUUCAGUGAGGACCCAACCCACCCCCUCUCUGUCCCUCCCACCCCUCUCAGAAUACUUCCCCCCUCCUCCUCUCCUCCUCCCUUCUCUCCAUCCAAGCCAUGCAGUCGCCAGUCCUCCUCCUCAGACACAGACCUCAGUCUGACGCCCAAGAUGGGGAUGGGGAGUGGGAUCAGCGUUGGGAAAGAGGCAGGGCCUCUGAAGACCCUCCUCCGGCAGCAGGCCCAAUCAGCAUUGGAACAGAGGGAGUUCCCCUUCUUCACGUUGACUUGUUUUCCCCCCGGCUUCCUGGUUCACAUCGGGGGAGUGGUCAGCGCCCGCUCGGUCAAGCUGCUUGACCGCAUACACAACCCUGACGAGCCAGAGACGAGGGACGCGUGGUGGGAGGAGAUUCGUCAGGAGAUCAAGUCUCAUGCCAAAGCCCUGGGUUGCCACGCUGUGGUGGGAUACAGCGAGAGUACCACCAUCUGGUACAUUACACACACCAUACUUAGACCAAGCUCUAUUUCAAGUGAGGAGGUGUGUAUCCUGUCUGCGUCGGGCACGGCGGCCAUGUUGAAUCCCAGGUUCAUGCGCGAGGGCUGUUUGGACGCCGGUGGCAGCGACCAAAGGUUGUCACGGCAACCACCUCUCAGCAUGGUUGGGUCGGAGAGGGCAGAGGGGGAAGUUAGCUCAUCUUGGCUGGGGUUUGAUGAUGCGUCGCCCCCUAGCUGCGGAUUUUGUCACAUCCCAUAUGAUGAGUUCAACAUGCCGUUCCCAGCUCAGCUCACAUACUGCUACCACUGUAGGAGACAGAAGGUCCCUGACGUGCUCUUUACUACCAUAGACCUACCUGCUGAGGCUGCUGUUACUGGGAAGGGCUGCCUCAUACAGGCCAGGUUGUGUCGUACCAAGAAGAAGGCUCAAGGGGAGGUGAAUGCCACAGCCAUCUCUAACCUCCUCCCCUUCAUGGAGUAUGAGCUACACACCCAGUUGAUGAACAAACUGAAGCUGCGCUGCAUGAACGCUCUGUUUGGGCUCCGCAUUCAGAUCAGUGUGGGAGAAAACAUGCUCCUAGGACUAGCUUCUGCAACGGGUGUGUACCUGUCAGCUCUUCCAGCUCCAGGUGGUAUCCAGAUAGCUGGUAAGACCCCCAGUGACCUGAGCUACGACCAACACAUUUCAACCAUGCAGAAGCGCAUCAACGACACCAUCGUCAUGAAUAAGGAGCUCUACAACAUACACCCCCCGGAGUGUAUAGAGGAGGUGGUGGGGUCUCCUAUCCCUGACAGACAGCGGUCCAGACUGUUCAGGUCUACCUCUGAGAGUUCAGAUGAGCUGUCAGAACUAGACCUGUCCCACGGCAAGAAGGACGCCUUCGUACUGGAGAUUGAUGACACUGAUGCAGUAGAGGACAUCCAAUCCCUUCUCACUGAUGCCCCCAUUCCUGCAGGGUUUUACAGCUGUAACACAGAGGUCAUGCCUGGGAUUUACAACUGGACUUCAGGGCUACAGAUGUUUACAUCUGUCAGGGUCUACAGACUCAAUAAUGCCAAUCUGACCAACCAGGGCCUCAACAAGAUCUUCACUGACCUCUGUGAGAAUUUACUCAAGAGUCUAUACUUUAAGUUACGUUCCAUGAUCCCCUGCUGUCUAUGCCAUCUCAACUUCACUGUAGCCGUACCAGAGGAAGAACUCAUACAGGUGGCGGUGACAGCUGUAGCCAUGAGUUUUGACAAGGAGACUCAGCUGGCAGCAGACAAGGCUCUUAACAAGGGGAGUGGUGAGAAUGAAGAGCAGCUACAGUUUUCUAUGGAGCUGUGUGGAGAGUCAACGUCCUCCAACAACCAGCCUACAGCCAAAGCUUCAGGUCUUCCAGAGAGUGCCAUGACCCACUCCUCAUCUCGAGACAGAUGCAGCACCUGGCUAGAGCUGCUUAGGCUGAAAGCUCACACCAUAAGACGAGGAUCAGUUAAGACAAGUAGGAGGACACAGUCGCUAGCAAACUCUGUCUCGUCCUCAGAGCGCUGCAGUCCUCUCCCAGAGGUGCGGUCCCGGUCCCUACGCUCCACCAGGUCGUUGCCAUGCGGUGCCCCUGUUACCGUGGUGAAGAUGACUCCUCUGUCCUUUCUCCCCAGGACGCGUAUUGUCAAAUACUUGGGAAUCAUCAACAUGUUCUUCAUUAGAGAGACCACGUCACUACGAGAGGAGGGGGGUGUAAGUGGGUUCCUGCAUUCCUUCAUAGCGGAGGUGUUUGCCAUGGUCCGUGCCCAUGUAGCAGCUCUGGGGGGCAACGCCGUAGUGUCAUACAGCAUGAAGGAGUGUGUCUUCAUGGAAAACCCCAACAAGAACCAGGCUCAGUGUCUGAUUAAUGUUAGUGGUGAUGCUGUCAUCUUUGUCAGAGAAUCAGACCAGGAGGCCAUACCCCCUCUGAUUACUAGCGGACAGACCAGCACCACUGGGGCUGAUGGGACCACAUGACACACACACACACACACACACACUUGAGUCUAGCCAUCCAAAUAAUUGUGAUUUAUGUCUGCCAUAAACAGACUAGUUGAUGGAGAAAUUGUCUCUUAAUUGUCCAUUAAGGCACUCUACAUAAGCCAUUUAGAGGCAUUAUGUAAUGUCUGUCUGUCUGAUAUAAUAGACAUUCCAAUACAUGGUGAAGUUUUAGGCAGCUAAAAGACUGAUUGCUCUCCAUCCAGACUCAGCAGUCACUAGCCGGCAAUUCUAAAGUGUACAGGGUAGUCAUUAGUAGACAGCCAUGGUAAAGAGUACCAUACUCAGUACAGCAGGGUUUCCCAAUAGGCAGCCCGUGGGCCAAAUUCGACCCGUGUGUGGUUUUAUUUUGCCCACUCAAGAUUUUGGAGCAAAAAAAAACAUGGUUUUAUAUCAUUUUUGUUCUUUGACAUAAGACUGUAAAAUCACCAGGAAAUUAGCUCAAAGUGAUUUUAAUUUAGGAAAUCUGUUUCCAAGUAUUCCCUUGCAUAGCUAUAGGCAUAUGUGAUCGUAUCCUAAUUUAAUCAAGGUGUGAAAUUAUUGUUUUUGUGAAAUACUAUAUCUGUUUGGGAUUCUUGUGGUCAAUUUGCAGGGUACUAAUUAUUUAUAACUAUUUUCUGGACCCCCGACCAUCUGCUCAAGGAAAAGUAGGCCCACGACUUAAUAAUUUGGGACCCCUGCAGUACAGGGUAGCCACUACUGAAGAUGGCCAUACUAGAGAACUAAAUUGAGUUUAAUUGUCUGUCACUGUAUGACAAUGUUUUUGGCAAACAUGCACACAAACAUACACCCACCCUGUGGACAGCCUCCUGUCACACUCCUGGCUGUCCUGACUGUGGCCUCAACGGUGUCCAUACUACUGAACUCUCCUGUUUUUAACAAUCAUGUAAAUGCUGGAAAAUAAACUUAUUGCGAUGACCUCUUUUUGUUCAUAGCCUGGGUGCAACGAUAACUUUUAUUUGUGUAAAUGUACUCUAAAAUCUGAUUUUAGUAUUUUUAUAAAGUUAAAGUAUAUUAGUGGUGUCUAAUUUUGCAUGUCUAAUGAAGUCCUUGAAGUUUGAUUCAUUGUGUAAGAAGUAAGGCUACAUGAUGCGUUCUACUGUUAAUGAAUACAACCUGUUUCUCUUUCUCUGUAAGACUUGAAUGUAAAUACAUAUAGAGUGUGUUAGUGUCUAGCAGCAUGUAUCUACUAUUGCCAUGACUCUGUCAGCUUGUUGCCUGAGAUAAACAGUGCUGCACAAUAAACUGAACUACAGUGAAAAACA